UCUUUGAGACUUAAUAUGAACUCUUACUUCCUUUUCAGGCUGUUUGAGGGCUCUUCCCCAAAGAAGAGGGAGAAACUGAAAACACUUUUGUGCUAUUUUAGAAGUGUAAUCGAGCAAAAACCUACUGGACUUGUGACGUACACAAGAAAGUGUUUGGAUCGACCUCCACAUUGGAAAAACUCCCAGAAUCAGCUCACCAAGCUUCACAUAACAUGUGUAGGAACCAUAGAAGAUGACGGACACGGCAUGCUGCAGGUGGACUUUGCCAACCGGUUUGUGGGCGGAGGGGUCACCGGAUCGGGUCUGGUUCAGGAAGAGAUUCGCUUCCUGAUUAACCCUGAACUCAUCGUCUCUCGCCUCUUCACUGAAGCCCUGCUGCAGAAUGAGUGUCUCAUCGUCACAGGUACUGAGCAGUACAGUACGUACACUGGCUACGCAGACAGCUACCUAUGGGACAGCAAACAUCAGGACAAGACCCCAAGAGACACCUGGCAGAGGAGGUGCACAGAGAUCGUAGCGAUGGACGCUCUGAAGUUCAGGAACUUCCUCGAACAGUUUCACCCUGAGAAAAUGAACAGAGAACUGAAUAAGGCAUACUGUGGCUUUUCCCGCCCAGGGGAGAAGAGUCAGGAUCUCUCUGCGGUUGCUACAGGAAACUGGGGUUGCGGUGUGUUCGGUGGAGACGCUAGGUUUAAGGCUCUGCUCCAGAUUCUGGCAGCCUCUGAGGCAGGCCGAGACGUGGCCUAUUUCACCUUUGGUGACAGCGCCCUGAUGAAAGACGUCUACGACAUGCACUACUUCCUCACACAGAGACACGUCAGCGUCGGGGCUCUGUACAGUUUGCUGGGUCAGUACUACAGCUCAAUGUGUCAGAGCUGCUUCACCCGCUGUCCCGACGUCAGCCUCUACUCCUUCAUCUACCAGGAGGCCAGCUCUGUCUCCCCCUAGACCAGAAACACACACGCAGGUCGGCUCCCCCUAGAAGAUCCGAGACGCCACGUCACGCAGCUCUGUCUCCCCCUAGACCAGAAACACACACACAGGUCGGCUCCGCCUAGAAGACCGUAGAUGCCCCCCCCCCCCCCCCCC